AGCCCCCUGGUGGUCAGGAGAGAGAAUGCAGCUUUAACACAUGAAGCAUAGACUUCUAUACAACCAGAGGAGCCCCCUGGUGGUCAGGAGAGAGAAUGCAGCUUUAACACAUGAAGCAUAGACUUCUAUACAACCAGAGGAGUUAUAUCUCUAUUUGUAGAGAAGGGAAAUCCAAACCAUCAAAUUCAACUUUUCUGAUGACACAAAAACAAUAAAUAAAGUAAAUCAUUUCUAAUUCCUUUUUAUUUAUUUUUUUCGUUGUCAUUGUGUUGAAAAAGUGAGGGAAGAGUAAUAAAUGUAUCCAGGUGUGUAAGUGUGUGUGUGUGUGAGGGGUUUGAGUUCAGGUUGUAAAAUGUGUCACAUAUUAAACUACACUUUAAAAAAAUCAAAUUACUUAAUUUUAUUAUAAUGUGUUAAUUUUUUAUUUCUACAUGAACUGUUGUUUUUUUAUUGUUUUUUAUUGUUCUUUCAUUACGAAAGGAACAAGUCAAAUUCCAGGUGUGUGUACAUAAAUAAAUAAAUAAAGCUGAUUCAUAAAUUCUGACUCAGAUUAUAUGAAGGGUUUGGUUUAUGUUGUGUGUUAAAAUAACUUUAAAAUACUCGAACAUUCUUUACAUGAAACAACGUGGAGUCUCCGAGAAGGACACAGAAUUGUUAAUGAAAACAAAAAUCCAUACUUAGAGCUGAAAACAUCCUGACAGGCCUGGUAGUGGCUCACGCAUGCGCACAAACCCACCACCAAACUCACCGAAUUUACUCCGUUAGUAGCGGAAGUAGGGAUGGUAUCCUUUCACAAUAAGACAAAAGAGAAAGAAACCUACGUUAAAAACCUAUAGCCGUUGGUUGAGCAGGACAUCUAAACCACGUUAUUACGUGGGCUUAUGAAUAUGAAUAAAGAGAUUGUUAUGUCCACGUCACAUGUUUAGUAGCAUGUCCAAAACCACAUACAUAAAAUGUCAUUUUAACUGAAACAUGCGGGUUUUAGUUUGUUAGUGUACAUUUGAUCCCUCCCGUGUUUUUUUAAUGUGUUAUUAUUAUUUUUCUAUCAAUAAAUUCGACAUUAGUUCCGUCAGCAGCAGAGGAGAGAUCCCUCCUGGAUGUGGUGUUGUGUUUUUCAUUCAGGCGAGCUUGACCCGUCGGCUCCCUCCGCCGCCUCCCGUCGCCUCCCCUGAAGAAGACUUCCGGUGGUGUGUCAUGGCGGUGGCAUGGUGAAGCCUACAGAAAGGGGAAAAAAACACUCGCCCCCUUCCGUCCUCUCUCAUCGAGUCGGGACAGAUUUUCAUUCAUAAAUAAGCCCGACAGCUGCGGGACUCGCACCUCCGGACCCCGCGGCUCGGCGCCGAGCCUCCUCCCGCCAUGGCGGCGCACAAACCCGUGGAGUGGGUCCAGGCCGUGAUUACGAGGUUUGAUGAGCAGCUCCCCAUCAAGGUGGGCCACCAGAACACUCACACCAAAGUCAGCACCGAGCACAACAAGGAAUGUCUGAUCAACAUCUCCAAGUACAAGUUCUCCCUGGUCAUCAGCGGCCUCACCACCAUCCUCAAGAACGUCAACAACAUGCGGAUCUUCGGCGAAGCUUCAGAGAAGAACCUCUACCUCUCGCAGCUCAUCAUCCUGGACACCCUGGACAAGUGCCUGGCCGGGCAAUCCAAGGACUGCCUCCGCCUGGACGAGACGAUGCUGGUGAAGCAGCUGCUGCCGGAGAUCUGCCACUUCAUCCACACGUACCGCGAGGGCCACCAGCACGCCGCCGAGCUGAGGGCCUCGGCCUCCGCCGUGCUCUUCUCCCUGAGCUGCAACAACUUCAACGCCGUGUUCAGCCGCAUCUCCACCAGGCUCCAGGAGCUGACGGUCUGCUCCGAGGACAACGUGGACGUCCACGACAUCGAGCUCAUGCAGUACAUCAACGUGGACUGCUCCAAGCUCAAGAGGCUGCUGCAAGAGACCGUGCUGAAGUUCAGAGCGCUGAAGAAGCCGGCCCAGCUGGCCGUCAUCAACAGUCUGGAGAAGGCCUUCUGGAACUGGGUGGAGAACUACCCCGAUGAGUUCACCAUGCUGUACCAGAGGCCUCAGGCCGACAUGGCAGAAGCUGCAGAGAAGUUGUUCGACCUGGUCGACAGCUUUGCAGAGAGCGCCAAGAGGAAGGCCGCCGUGUGGCCUCUUCAGAUCAUCCUCCUCAUCCUCUGUCCUGAGAUCACACACACCAUCUCCAGGGACACGGUGGAGGACAGCAAGGCCAACAAGAAGCUGUUCCUGGACAGCCUCCGGAAGGCGCUGGCGGGUCAGGGCGGCAGUAAGCAGCUGAUGGAGAGCGCCGCCAUCGCCUGUGUGAAGCUGUGUAAAGCCUCCACCUACAUCAACUGGGAGGACCACUCCACCAUCUUCCUGCUGGUGCAGUCCAUCGUCAUGGACCUCAAGGCUCUGCUCUUCAACCCCUCUAAGCCCUUCUGGCGGGGGACGGGCAGCCAGAACGCCGACGUGGAGCUCAUGAUGGAUUGCUUCGUCUCCUGUUUCCGCAUCAACCCUCACAACAACCAGCACUUUAAGGUCUGCCUGGCCUCCUCCUCCCCCUCCACCUUCCACUUCGUCCUGGUCAACUCCCUGAACCGGAUCAUCACCAACGUGAGUCUCCUCCUCCUCAUGACAAACCCUCCUCAUGACGCGUCUCCUCCUCCUCAUGACCACCUCCUUCUCCACUGA